AUGACGACGCUCCAGGCAGCCAGAGUGUACGGCGUCCCCCGCAGUUCGCUGCAGCGCAGAGUUUGGGGGAAAUGCAACGUGAAGGUCGCGCUCGGGCCAAGGAAGCAAGUCUUCACUCCAGCUCAGGAAAUCCGGCUGAAGGAGCACAUCUUGAAGAUGGAGAAGAUGUUCUUCGGCCUGACUCCGAAGGACGUUCGCAGCCUCGCCUUCCAGUACGCCGAAAUAAAUAAAUUUCCACAUGGCUUGAAGAACGGCAUCGCGGGGAUGGACUGGCUGCAGGGUUUCCUUUCCCGACACAAGGAUCUGGCUCUCAGAACCCCUGAGGCGACAUCGGCGGCACGCGCGAAAGGGUUCAACAAACAAAUGGUGUCGAAGUUCUUUGACAUUCUGGAGAAGGUCAGUAAGAAUGUCAAGGGUCCGCAUGCCGUUUACAAUGUGGACGAAACCGGCAUAACAACCGUCCAGAGCAAGCCAAACAGGAUUUUUGCCCGGAGGGGGAAGAAACAGGUCGGCAGCGUGACGUCUGCUGAGAGAGGCGAGCUGACCACGGCGGUAGUGUGUAUGUCGGCUGUCGGAAACUUCGUGCCGCCGAUGAUGAUACUCCCGAGAACAAAAGAGAACCAGAAUCUGGAAGAAGGAGCACCGCCCGGGACGGUUUUCGUGUAUCACCGGUCGGGGUGGAUGCAGACGGACAUCUUCACGCGCUGGUUCCAACACUUUCUACGACAUGCCAAACCCAGUGCGGAAGAACCAGUUCUUCUCAUACUGAAUGGCCAUCUCACGCUCACGCACACCAGAAAUCUGGACCUAAUUGAGCUCGCGAGGGACAACCACGUCACCAUCGUGGUCAUCCCGCCGCAUACAAGCCAUCGGCUGCAGCCGCUGGACGUGGGCUUCAUGAAACCGCUCAGCACCUUCUACAGCUUCUACAGCUACAGCUCUACUUCUACAGCUUGUACACUCAGGCUAUCGAGAAGUUCCUCCGGCAAAAUCCAGGCCGAGUGGUCACUCUCUACCAGGUGGCGCGCCUAUUCUGUCAGGCAUACCUCAGGGCUGCGGCACCAUCUACAGCUAUCAACGCCUUCAGGAAAUGCGGCAUAUGUAUAUCCCACGGACAGGGAUGUCUUUGCAGAGGAGGAUUACACCCCAUCCGAGGUGACGGACGUGUCAUGUCCUGAAAGUCAGGCGGCCGGCGCCUCCACCAGCGGGUAG